AUGGGUUUUCGUCAUCGUCAGUAUCCCGAUCAUGUAUGCCGACUUAAGAAAUCUCUUUAUGGGCUAAAGCAAGCCCCUCGGGCGUGGUAUCAAUGUUUUACGGAUUUUGUCCUUCAACAGGGGUUCACUCAGUGCAAAACGGACACAUCUUUGUUUAUUUAUCAUCAUGGCAGUGAUAUUGCUUACCUUUUAACAUAUGUAGACGACAUUAUCCUGACCACUUCUUCUAAUACAUUAUGCGACAGGCUCAUGUCUACAUUAUCAGGAGAAUUCGCCAUGAAGGACUUGGGUCCUUUAUCAUAUUUUUUGGGUAUAUCUGUUACUCGCACGGGCAACUCUAUGUUUUUGUCACAAGCUGCAUAUGCAAAGGACAUCAUCAGUCGAGCAGCUAUGGAUUCUUGCAAGCCUACAGCGACUCCAGUUGAUACACAGUCCAAACUUUCAGCCGAAGGAUCCCAGUUUGAUGACCCAUCUUUGUUUCGCAGUCUUGCAGGAGCUUUGCAGUAUCUUACUUUUACCAGACCGGAUAUCACCUACAGUGUCCAGCAAAUUUGUAUACACAUGCAUUCUCCUCGGGUUGAACACUGGAAUGCCUUGAAGCGGAUCAUUCGUUACAUACAGGGUACUCUUGAUUUUGGUCUUACUUUGGGCCCUUCCACAUCUCUUUCUCUUCGUGCUUACACUGAUGCUGACUGGGCUGGCUGCCCUGACACUCGGCGGUCUACCUCAAGUUAUUGUGUCUAUCUUGGCGACAAUCUAAUUUCUUGGUCUUCUAAACGACAGUCCACCAUCUCCCGCUCCAGUGCUGAAGCCGAAUAUCGUGGAGUUGCAAAUGCUGUUGCUGAAAUAUGUUGGCUUCGUAAUCUUCUCUUGGAGCUUCAUUGCCCUCUCUCUCAGGCGACUGUUGUCUACUGUGACAACGUUAGCGCUAUUUAUCUGUCCGGGAAUCCAGUUCAACAUCAACGGACCAAACAUAUCGAGCUCGAUAUUCACUUUGUUCGUGAGCAUAUUCAGAAAGGCCUGGUUCGUAUUCUCCACAUCCCCUCUCGGUUUCAAAUAGCUGACAUCUUCACCAAGGGACUUCCAAAGAUCCUGUUUGACGACUUUCGGUCCAGUCUAACCGUUCGCCUUCCUCCCGCUUCGACUGCGGGGGUGUAA